CACAAUUUAAGUACGUAUGCACUGAAUUAUUUUGUAUCUGUACUUUAUUUACUAUAGUUACCCCCCGAGAGAAGCAAUAAUGAUAUCUGCAGGACCAGUUUCAAGGUUUUAUGAAUGGAUGUUAUCAAAAGGAGAUACACGUGUUCAAGAAUGGCCCUUGAUGGCAACGCCCGGUCCAGUGUUGACAAUAUUUCUAAUGUACCUUAUCACUAUAAAACAAGGUCCAAAACUAAUGGAAGCACAGAAGGCAAUGGAUCUUAAAAAAUGUAUAGUGGUCUAUAACCUAGGCCUGGUUGCACUAUCUGCCUAUAUGUUUUAUGAGUUUUUAGUAUCAUCAGUUCUGGCUGGUUACAGUUAUAUAUGCCAGCCGGUAGAUUACUCAACCAAUCCAUUGGCGUUACGAAUGGCUAAUGUGUGUUGGUGGUACUUCUUUUCUAAAAUCAUAGAACUUCUGGACACAGUAUUUCUUAUCCUACGGAAGAAGCCUAUAUCAUUUCUACAUGCUUAUCAUCAUAGCACAAUGUUACUGAAUUGGUGGUUAGGAGUAAAAUAUAUCGCAGGCGGACAGUCCUGGUUCCUAGCGAUGUUAAACACGUUUGUCCACGUGAUAAUGUACUCUUAUUACGGGUUGUCUGCCCUUGGGCCUCAAGUUCAAAAAUACCUCUGGUGGAAGAAAUAUCUGACUAUACUUCAGUUGACCCAGUUCUUCGGUGUAGUGAUACACACUGGUGUGAAUAUGUUACAGGGAGACUGUGAAUUUCCUCAAGGCUUUAACUAUGCAGUUUUCUUAUAUGCCAUAUCACUUAUUAUACUAUUUGGCAACUUUUUCUCCAAAACUUAUAACGGGAAGCAAGGGAAGAGACAAUAACGAUAUUAGAAUUAGUAUUUACACAUAUUUUUGUAUUUGUAUGCAUAUGAAAGAUGUUGACAAAGGAUGAAGAUGGAGCACCCUAGGACUGUACCUCCGGGAGUCGAUUUUUGAAAAUCCGAAAUACUCAUUUGGUGGUCUGAAACCCAUCAAUGACUUCAGGAAGUGAGCCAUUACAGCUGUGAUAUUCAUUUUAUGUCGAGCUCAAUAAAUAUCUAAAAGAUGUUU